UUGAUGAUGCCGAGGAUUUUCAAUAAAUUUUAGAAUUUAGUCGUUUUCUAACAAACUUCACUAGUUUACGUGUGAAUACGAUAAACAACUGUCUCGUGACCUAAUACAACUUUGAACUUUUUAUAUAACUGUAUUAUAAAAUGGCUGAUAGCGAUGAUGAAUACGAUCGCAAACGACGCGACAAGUUUCGCGGCGAAAGAGGUGCUGCAGAAGGCAGUAGCUACAGAAGCAGCGAUCGAAGAGAAGAAAGGAGUCGUGGCAGAGAAGAAUGGUCAGAAAGGUCACGUGGAGGCCGCUCUGCUCCCGACUACAGGGAUUAUCGUGGAGGGGCCAGUGCAAGCCGAGGUUACUCUCCUGUGAGAGGGGAAGGACCCCCGAGUAAGAGAGUCCGUAUGCCAGACUGGCCUGGCGAUGACAGAAGAUACGGAGGUCUCCUUCAUGACUCCUAUGGAUCAUAUGGGUGGGCUCAUGAUCAUUUUGGACCACAUCCUGCACACCAGGGAUAUGGCCAACCUAUGCCCCCCGUGCCAGCAAGGGAUGCUGUUCUACCAAUGGGACCUACAGAUGGGCCGCCAAGUAUGAUGACUUUUAAGGCCUUUUUAGCAGCCCAAGAUGACUCCAUCACAGUUGAUGAUGCAAUAACAAAAUACAAUGAAUACAAGCUAGAGUUCAGAAGACAACAGCUUAAUGAAUUUUUUGUUGCCCAUAAAGAUGAGGAAUGGUUCAAGAUCAAGUAUCAUCCAGAAGAAUCUGUUAAACGUAAAGAGGAGCAGCUUGCUGCAUUGAAGAAUCGUCUGAAUGUCUUCUUGGAGCUGCUAGAUGACGGUGAGCUGGAUAAAGUGACAGUAGAUGUUGACAAGUCAGAGAAGUUAAUUCGUCUCUUAGACACGGUCGUAAUCAAACUAGAGGGUGGUACAGAAGAGGAUUUGAAAAUACUCGAUGAACCAAUUCAGGUUGACAUCACCAGCAAUGACAAACAAGACAAAGCUGAACCAGAAAAGGCAGUCGUCAUUGAUGUAGACGCUGUUAAAGUUAAAGAAGAAAAAGAAGAUGCUGAGAAAAAAGAUAAGGACAAGGACGCUCCGAAAGUGCCGCUGACGAUGGAGAUCGACCCGCACCUGCGUCAGCUGCAGGAGCAGGCCAAGCUGUUCUCGCGAUUCAACUCCGCGCCCGGCACCGAGCCCGAGACAGAAGCGCCCGAGAAAGAACCGCCGCCGCCAGGUUCCUCAUCCAGCUCCUCAUCAUCAAGCUCGUCAUCAUCCAGCUCAGAGGACGAGGGGGAGUCCAACACGCGCCGCCGGUCCAAAUCCAAGUCCAAGUCGAAAACGCCCGACAAGUCCCCCCAACAGAAGGACCGGUCCAAGUCCCCAAGCGUGGAAAAGGUGACGGAAAAAGUUAAGGAAACUGAUGACGUCGACGGCAAAGUAGAAAAUGGCACUGACAACCCCGAGAAGAAGGAGCAGCGUGCGCUACACAAGACUACUUCUAUAUUCCUGAGGAACUUGGCGCCGACCAUCACAAAGGCUGAAGUAGAAGCGAUGUGCAAGCGGUACGGCGGUUUCUUGCGCGUGGCGCUGGCGGACCCGCUGCCCGAGCGGCGCUGGUUCCGCCGCGGCUGGGUCACCUUCCGCCGAGAGGUCAACAUCAAGGAUAUUUGCUGGAACCUUAACAAUAUACGGUUGCGCGAGUGCGAACUUGGCGCGAUAGUGAACCGCGACCUACAGCGGCGCGUUCGCGCUGUGUCGGGCGUGACGCUCGAGCGCGCGGUGCUGCGGGCGGACGCGCGGCUGGCGGCGCGACUAGCGCACCUUCUCGACACCCGCACUAAACUGUGGAAUGACGAGGACUCCGCGCCGGCUGAUACUGAUAACACCAAUGUGCAGAACUUCACUCUGAAUUCCAAGAAUCCGGUACUCCACAAAAUUACGGAUCAUCUGAUCGAGGAAGCUUCCACGGAAGAGGAGGAGUUACUAGGUCUAGAGGCCUCGUCGGAAUCCGCAGCUCAGGAGCAACCGGACCCAGAUCUUAUACGAGUUCUAGACCGCCUAGUGUUGUAUCUACGUAUUGUUCACUCUGUGGACUAUUACAACCACUGCGAGUACCCCUAUGAGGACGAAAUGCCCAAUCGUUGUGGUAUCAUGCACGCCCGGUCUGGCCCUCCAGCUAAUAAGCCUACGCAACAAGAGAUCCAGGAUUACAUCAAAACAUUUGAAGGCAAAAUGUCAGCUUUUCUGCAAGACGUUAAACCACUGUCUGAUGAAGAACUACAGAAGCUUGGCAUCAAGGAUCCUGAUGCGGAAGUAGAAAAAUUCAUACAAGCAAAUACACAAGAGUUAUCGAAAGAUAAAUGGUUGUGUCCACUCAGCGGGAAGAAAUUUAAGGGCCCUGACUACAUCAGAAAACACAUAUUCAACAAACACGCUGAGAAGGUGGAUGAGGUGCGUCGUGAGGUGGCGUACUUCAACGCGUACGUGCGUGACGUGCGGCGGCCGCAGCAGCCCGAGCCGCCCGCACGGCCCGCCCCCGCCGCGCCCCCGCACCACCCGCACCCGCCACCGUAUGCUGGUGGCGGAGGCGGCGGCGCUGCGGCGGCGGCGCGCGCGUGGGGGGCGUGGGGCGGCUGGGCCCCGCCCGCGCCGUACGCGCCGCGACACCCGCGCUUCACCAGGCCCAGGGGCGGCGCGGACUUCCGUCCCAUCGUUAACUACCGCGACCUCGACGCGCCGAGAGAGCCCGAUGAGUUCGCCUAAUGCUUCAAUUACCAUCAUGUAUUAGCUGGUUGCUGGUGUGAAAGGUGCUCUUAGACACAUUAAUACGAUAGUAAUUAGUAUGCAUCCGUUGAGUACGCGGAGGAUCUUAUCACCUGGGUCUACCUUUAAAAAGUAAUCAGUACCUGCCUUUUUACAAGUAGUAAGACUAGUAUGUAAUAUUUAAUAAACUUGGCAGUUGUAUUCGAAUAUUUAGAAUAGUGUGUAUGUAUUACCUAAUGAAAUGAUAUUUU